AGUCGUGGAGAACAUUACGGUAGUUGUUUUAAAUCUUGUCAGUCGAUAAAUAAAGGUAAUGUCACUGUUUAACAAUGAAAACAUUAACCCACACGAAAAGGUUAACUUAAUCAGUCAGCUGGAUAGGUUACAGUUGGCGUUAGUAAGCUAGCGGUCUAUAUCCCUAUUACUAAAAGUGAAACGUUAGCCAAAAGCUAAGUAUUGAGUAAAUUAGUGUUAGCUAACCGUUAAUUUAGCUUGACCCGUUGUUACAGUUUAACUGCAGUGUUUAUGUUAACCUUAACGCUAUGAGUGUCACAAGGCUUGCUUUAGUGUAACACAAAGCUGAAUGAUGGGGUUGGACUGACAGUUGAGGUGGCAGUCGCAACUAGCUUAGUUUUUCCAAGUUAACUGCAGCUAACAUUAGCUAACGCUAGCUAGAGGACUUGUUAAUCAUGUGAUGCCUUACAUUAGUGGACUGAUAGUUGGUAUUAAUAAUUGUCAGUUGGUUAUAUGUUGGUACCGUCGAUGGUUCGGUCAUUAGAGCCUUGUAGCUGGUUCGCCCAGGGCAAUUAUAUGUGUUUUACAUUAAAUUAGCUUUAGCAAAAGUGUCAUUGGCCACACUAUGAUAUGUAACGUUACAUUUCAUGUGUGAGGUAGGCGUAGUUUGGAAUAAGUGAUUAGUCUUGUUUGGUGGUAUGAUUAACUUCGGCCCAUCAUACUGGGGGAUAUGCAGGCGGAGGAUGUCUGGUGCAACUUUACGUUUGAUCCGCUGUCGGAAACUGAGUACAGCUGGAGUGAAGAAAGUGCUUCAGUGGAAGGAUUUAAGGAAGGUUGCUAAAGUUACUGGUGCAGUUGUAUUGGGGGGCUGUCUUUUUAUCACUUAUGAAAUGGUGGCCUUGGACAAGGCUGUUACCAUUGACACUAGUGCAAUUCUUCAGGAGAAGUACAAGUCAUACAUCUAUCUGAGAGCCACUCCCUCAGAUGAAAAGGAGAACCUUGCGGCAGGGCUCACACACAAAGCAAGGAGGGAACUUCAUAAGGCAGCAAGGCGGUUUCUGGAAAUAUCAUCUAGACUUUUGCGGCAAUCAUUAGAUGAGCACUUUAGCCAUGUGGAUGCAGACCCACAUGAGGUGGCAUUAUGGGUCUUACUAAAGAGGACACAGUCAGCCGAUAAAGCCAUCAGACUACAGGCUGUACAGGAGCUUGCAGGCAAUCACCACUGGCACGACUACCAGUACCAGACAGCAGCCCAGAUUAUAGACCAGCGAACUGCAGUGGCCCUGGCCCGGACUCCUCAGGUAGACCUUCGAUUCUUCCUGCGCUCACCUGCACUGCCUGACCUGGAGGAUGGUUUAUCAGCAGAGGAUGGACUGAGGCAGCUGCUGGGGUCUCUGCCUCAGUCUGAGGUGGACGAAUGUGUUCAGUACUUUACUUCACUGGCCCUCAGAGAGAGCACCCAGUCCUUGGCAACACAACGGGGUGGUCUGUGGUGUUUUGGUGGUAAUGGGCUGCCUUACGCCCAGAGCCUCACCUCUGUUCCCUCUGAGAAGGUGGAAUCCUUCUGCCUACAGGCACUGGUACAGCACUCAAAGGUCCAGAGCCACUGUGACCACAUAGUUGCCAAUAGGGGUCUGCAGCUCCUCCAGAGAGUUUAUCAGCUUCGUAGAGACUCCCUGAAGAUUCAGACGGACAUUGUUCGUAUCAUAGGAAAUUUGGCACUCAAUGAGAGUGUUCACCAGGCCAUAGCCCUGUCUGGCUGGGUAUCUGUACUGGCUGAGAUGAUGCAGUCUCCUCAUGCCAUCCAGGCAUCUCAUGCAGCCCGCGCUCUGGCCAACCUGGAUAGGGAGACGGUGAAAGAGAAAUACCAAGACGGCGUCUAUAUCCUCCACCCGCAAACACGUGGCAACCAGCCAAUCAAAGCAGACGUGCUCUUCAUCCAUGGGAUUCUAGGGGCAGCUUUUAAGACGUGGAGGCAGAAGGACCGCAGUAUGUUAGAAGAAGAGAAGGAGGCAGAAAGCAGGGAUGACUACACAGAGUGCUGGCCAAAGUCAUGGCUGGCAGCUGACUGUCCAAAUCUGAGAGUACUAUCAGUGGAGUAUGACAGUCACCUCAGUGACUGGAUGGCCCAGUGUCCCGCUGAGAAUCAGAGGAAGUCCUUGGCCUACAGAAGUCAAGAGCUGCUAAAGAAGUUAAAGUUGGCAGGAGUCGGAGAGAGGCCUGUGGUGUGGGUAGCCCACAGUAUGGGAGGAUUGCUUGUGAAGAAAAUGCUGCUGGAUGCCUCAGAGGACCCGGAUAUGCGUGAACUGUUAAAGAACACCAAGGGCAUUAUGUUCUAUAGUGUUCCUCACCACGGCACCUUUAUGGCAGAGUACUCGGUCAAUGUCAGAUAUCUCCUCUUUCCCUCUAUAGAAGUCAGAGAACUCUGUAAAGACUCACCAGCACUGCGCAACCUGAAUGAGAACUUCUUGAACAUGGCCAAAGAAAAGGAAUUCCAGGUGCUGAGCUUUGCAGAGACCCUUCCAACAAACAUUGGUCCCAUGAUCAAGAUCCUGGUGGUACCGACACAGUCAGCAAAUCUCGGCAUCGGGGAGCUCAUCAAGGUUGACGUAGAUCAUCUCAAUAUCUGCAAGCCAGAGAAGAAGGACUCAUUUCUGUACAAGCGCAGCCUCCAGUUUAUCCAGGAAGCUCUGCGGAGCUACAUUAGCCACUGACUGAAAUAUAUGAACACAAACACACUGAUACAACCAACUGUUUACUUGAAAUGGGGGCAAUCACUGUCACCCACCCCCAAACCAAAUGGAAACAUAACUGCCUCUCCUUGUUGCACAUUUAAAACUACUAACGUGGUCAUAGCAUUAUUAGGGAAAUUAAAUUUAUUUUACACAUUGAUUUCUGUGAAGAGUUGUCAGUUGUGAUGAAAGAAACCUGGGUGUUCAUUUUGUUCUCCCAGUCAUGCUACUAGAUUGGUCUCUCUCACUACUGAGUCAGAUGAAUUUUAAAAAUUGUCAUAAUUUUUUAAGAACAUAUUUACAAUGUUUACAAGUAAGUUCAGAUCAUGAAAUAUUCUAGAUUUUAUUUUUCUGGCACUUUUUUCCAUUUCAACUUAGACUUACUUGUUUAACAUAUGGUAUCAUACUAUACUUAAAGAUGCACUGACAUGUCAUUGCCACUAAUGUUCCUCAGUAUUUUUGACCAGAGCAAUGGUUUAAGAUUUUAUUUUUAAAUGUAUGUAUUUUAUUCUAACUACAGUAUGACAGUCAUAUUGUCUGCCAAAACAUAUUCCUUCCUGAACUUCACCACAAAUGGACCUGCAUCAAUAUUCAUUCAGGAUGCUUUAUUUAUUUGUGUGGGACUAAUCAAGCAAUUGGUUUUUAAUCUCCAUGUGUUUGUAGUCCAAAUUGCCACUAGCAAUGCUGACAAUGAAUAAAUGUAUGAAGUUGGAGGCUUUA